CAGUGCUCAUUGAGACUUGAAGCUGUUUAGUCUUUUUUUUCUGGCAUUGUCUCUCACGUGGGACAUUUUUUUUCAUACCAGUGAAUCUUGUGUGUUCAUUCCACUCUUGGAAUUGCUCACCAUUUGGAUUAUUUCCUCUUCCUUCAAAGCGUGACAAAAAAAGAAAUUGAAAAAUAAUAGCUGAGUCGCAAUGGAGGUAGAUCGUGUGGCGAAGACCUUUGUGGACCGUUCAAUAUUCAUCACAGGUGGUUCAGGAUUCCUCGGGAAGGUGCUGAUUGAGAAGCUUCUGAGAGUAUGUCCUGAUGUUAAGAAGAUCUAUCUGUUGAUGCGCACAAAAAAGGGAAAGGAUCCGAAGCAGAGACUCAUUGACAUGUUUUCGAAUAUUCUUUUUGAUGGCUUGAAGGCAACUCAUGGCCUGGAUAAUCUCAUGAAUAAAUUCCAAGUGAUUGGAGGCGAUGUUACUCUCCCUGAUAUGGGUAUUAGUCCUGAAGAUCGUCAAAUAUUGAUUGAGGAAGUCUCGAUUAUCUAUCACUGUGCUGCAACAAUUCGCUUCGAUGAGACACUGAAGAAGGCUGUUCUCCUCAAUACACGAGGCACUAAAAUGAUGAUCAAAUUGGCUAAAGAAUGCAAGCAAUUGGCAAUGCUGUGUCACGUUUCCACAGCUUAUUGUCAUCUCCAUGAGAAACAUUUGCUGGAGAAACCUUAUGAACCACCAGCAAAUCCGCAUAAGAUCAUCAAGUGCGUUGAGUGGUUGGAUGAAUCUGUUGUGGAUGCAAUGACAGAUAAGAUUCUAGGCUCACUGCCCAACACUUAUGCCUUCACAAAGGCUCUGGGAGAGGGUCUUGUGGUGGAGACGAUGGAUGAACUACCUUCUGUGAUCCUUAGACCAUCGAUCGUCAUUCCAAUCUAUCGUGAUCCCCUACCCGGAUGGACAGAUAACAUCAAUGGACCCACAGGACUCCUGAUUGGAGCUGGUAAGGGUGUUAUCAGAACGAUGUAUUGCGACAGUGAUGGAUAUGGUGAUUAUUUACCCGUGGACAUUGCUGUUAAUUGUAUGCUUCUGGCUACGUGGAAUUUCAUUGAGAACAAUGAUCGUUCGAGGAGGAUCUACAAUGUGACCAGUUCAGCAGAGAUCAAAGUAUCAUGGAAUCAGGUGAUUGAGAUGGGUCGUGAGAUCGUCACGAAAAAGAUUCCACUCAAUGGUGUUCUUUGGUAUCCAGGAGGAUCAAUGAAGAACAAUCGCCUCUAUCACAAUUUCUGCAUGAUCUUUUACCACUUCCUUCCUGCAAUCGUUCUCGAUGCUCUCCUCUUCUGCUUGGGAUACAAACCAGUCUUGAUCAGGGUGCACAAGAGGAUACUCAAGGGUUUUCAGGUGUUUGAGUACUACGCCAAUAAUCAGUGGGACUUUGAUAAUUCUAAUGUACAGUACUUGAGAACCGUGAUAAACAGUCGAGAGAAGGCAAUGUAUAAGAUAGACGCCGAGGAUCUCGAUAUGAUGGCGUACUUUGAGAACUGCAUCAAGGCAGCUCGUAUCUACAUCCUGAACGAAAAGGAAGAGACUCUCCCAGCUGCUAGGAGGCACAUGAGGAUAAUGUGGUGGGUGGACAAAAUCUGCAAGCACAUCAUUAUGGGGAUAUUGCUGUACUAUGUGGCUAGAUAUUUCUACUACAUGAUCUACGAGGAGGAGUUUUCCUUGAAUAUCGUUGAGCAGGCGAUAGAGGCGUAGAGGGGAUUGUAUAUCCUGUUUUGUAUGUUGUAAAGGCUGAGUAGAGCAAAAUGAAAUAGAAAAUGGGACUAAAAUAAUUUUCACCACAGCAAAUCACUCCACCAAGUUUUUUUUUCUAUUCACCCAAUCCAGAUUAAAUGUAAGACGUAUCAAUAGUAAAUGCGAUAAAUCUUUCUAGUCGUUUAUACUAUUUUUUUUUAAUUCCUGGCGUGAAACUAAAUGCACAAAAGAUUCACUUUCUGGAAAAUAAUUGCUGUGGUUAGUCCCUAUAAGUGCUUUAAUUUUAAUUCUUUGGUUAUUUGAUGUGUCUCCUAUCAAUAGAAUAAAGUUUAUUGAGAUGGGAA